AUGAGAAUCAAUGAUCAUACUGAAAAGUCUUUCUCAUUUCUGUUUCCAGAAACACCAGCAGAGUAUCUGAGCAUGAAUGUAACUGUCACAGCCUGGGAGAGCACACUGCAGAAUGCAAGUGACUCAGUGGAUUUAUCAAGAGUAUCUUACAUGGCUUUGCUGAUCUCAAACCUUCUGAAAUUCAUCAUUACUCUGGUGGGGCUGGCAGGAAAUGCUGUAGUGCUCUGGCUUCUGGGUUUCUGCAUGAAGAGGAAUGCUUUCUCCGUCUACAUCCUCAACUUGGCAGUAGCUGAUUUUGGAUGUCUAUCCACCCACGUAGUAUCCUCCAUAAUGAGUUUUGUCAGAGCUUUCAAAGUAGAUUUCUCUAAACUGUUCCCGGUUUUUUUAAUAACUUUUGUCUUUCCCUAUGUUGUAGGCCUGAGCAUUCUUACUGCCAUUAGCACUGAGCGCUGCCUGUCUGUCCUAAAGCCCAUCUGGUAUCGUUGCCACCGCCCAAAACACAUGUCAUCUGUCAUCUGUGCUCUGAUCUGGGUCCUGUCCCUGCUCCUGAUCAUCCUGAGAAUGGAGUUCAGAGGCUUAUUGUUUAGAGAACAUGAUAGCUCUUUGGGUAAGCUAAUAGAUUUCAUCAUUGCCACAUGGCUGAUUUUCUCCUUUGGGCUUCUGUUUGGGUCCAACCUGGUGCUGCUGACCAGAUUGUUGUGUGGCUCCCGGAAGCUGAAACUGACCAGGUUGUAUGUGACCAUCGGGCUCACAGUGCUGGUCUUUCUCCUCUGUGGACUGCCCUGGGGAAUCUAUAAUUUUCUCUUAUGUUGGAUGUCAAUUAUUUCUACUACGAAACUCUUAAUCCCAACUACAGUGUUGGCUUGUGUCAACAGCUGUGCCAAUCCCAUCAUUUACUUCUUUGUUGGUUCUUAUAGACACCACCAAAGACAGCAAAAAAGGAGCUUCAAAUUAAUUCUGCAGAGAGCUCUCCAGGAUGUUCCUGAGGAGGAUGGAAAUCAAGGCAGCCCUCCUCAGGAGAAUAUUGAGAUGUCAGGAAAUUCUCAUGUGACCUAA